GGAAGCUGGUAAUUCAUUCUGCGAAGCAGCAAUAUGAGCGUUUGUACCGUUUCCUGAGAAAACGCGCGACGUGACGAGAUUCCAUAGCCGUAAAAUCGCGCGUCGAAAGUGUCAUCCGAUUGCGCGCCGUUUACGGAUUCAGUGAGUGGUACAGUGUCGUGAUUGGUUUCGUUUCGUACACGUGGAUACGAUUUUUGGUUAGUUCCGGAGCAUCGAAAGGAUACACACCGCUCGUCGGUUCGUUUGCCUCGAGGAAUUGCUUUCGGUGUUCUAUCGGCUAAUAAACAUGGGAGAGGAAUUCCAUUUUUGAAAUCACGGUGAAAGGAAUUUCUCAAAUUAGGCUAGGAUGUCACAUCACAGCGACGAUAAUAUGCUGAUAGCAACCUCGGACUCCUUUUGGGAGCCGGGUAACUACAAACGAACAACCAAAAGAAUCGAGGAUGGUCACAAACUGUGCGACAGUUUGAUAGCUCUGGUCCAAGAAAGGGCGGAGAUAGAGAAGAGUUACGCGAAAGCUUUGAAAAAUUGGUCGAAGAAUUGGAACGAUAAGAUUGAGAAAGGGCCUGAAUAUGGCACUACCGAGGCAGCGUGGAAAGGGGUUCUGGUUGAAUCGGACAGGUUGUGCGAUCUUCACCUCAAGGUCAAAGAGAACCUCUGUAAUGACAUCAUUCAUCAGGUGAAAACGUGGCAGAAGGACACCUAUCACAAGUCGAUGAUGACCCUGAAGGAACGUAAGGAGAUGGAGGAUGCCUUCAAAAAAGCGCAGAAACCAUGGGCGAAGCUUUUGCAGAAAGUGGAAAAAGCGAAAGCCGAAUAUCACAACAGCUGUAAAACAGAACGAACCGCAGCGAACGUUGAAAGGAACGCUUCUGCUGAUAGUUCACUUUCGCCAGACCAGAUGGCCCGAGGCUCUGAAAACGUGAAGAAAAUGCAAGACAGGGUGCAGAAAACGAAGGAAGAAGUACAGAAAGCGAAAGAAAAGUACGAAGCAGCUCUACAAGAAAUUAAUCAGUACAAUCCUAAGUAUAUGGAAGAUAUGACCCAGGUGUUCGAGAAGUGUCAAGAAAUGGAGGCGCAGAGACUCCAAUUCUUCAAAGAAGUUCUCUUUGGCAUCCACAAGUGUCUCAAUAUAUCACAAGACCCAGUACUUCCACAAAUAUACGAGGAAUUCUAUCACACAAUCAACAAUGCAGACCAUGAAAAGGAUUUGAAAUGGUGGUCGAAUAAUCAUGGUGUAAAUAUGGCUAUGAACUGGCCACAAUUCGAGGACUACACAGAGGAAUUCCGUGACAUCACCAAAGGCUCGAAGUCGAAGGAGGCACUUCCGGCUGGCUCCAUCACGCUCAUCAAUCAACGCCCGGUCGGCGAGGAUCUGCAUGAGUUCCCACCUGUUAAUAACAAAUCAAAAUCGAAACCAACAUCCCGGGUAAUAUCAACGGACAGUGGUCAGGGAGAUAACAAAACCGACACGAUCAGUUCUGGUAAACAUUCUUCUGAGAAGAAUAAUCACGAUGGUAAUUCAGUCAACAGGACUUCCACGAUUACUAACGGUACAAACGCUAAGCAAGAAUCAAAUCCAUUUGAAGAAGAGGAAUGGGAUGAAGAUGGAGGUGAACCGUUGGUCGAUAAUGGAGAACCUGGAGUUCUUGUGCGUGCGUUGUAUGACUAUGAAGGAGCUGAAGCUGACGAGCUUAGCUUUAAGCAAGGUGACAUGUUUGAAAAAUUAGAAGACGAAGAUGAACAAGGAUGGUGUAAAGGACGAAAAGACGGUAGAGUGGGUCUUUAUCCCGCAAACUACGUAGACCUCGUGUCUCAGUAAAUCAUCACGUGAAGCCAAAUUUCAUAAACACUGUUAGUUACUUAAUACGUAUCGCGUAACGAAAACAAGAAAAAGGAAUUCUUAUUUUGUUGUUUAUUUCUCUAUGAAAUAGCGCCUUCAUUGAAAUUUGUAAAUGUUGUUAGAUAAGAGAGUUGCACGAGACUCUAUAUUUAUUAGAGAUUAUUCAUUUUUGUGUGAUACAUGAUGAUUGCUAAAACAGACAGAAAUCUGAACAGUUCGAUGUUAUGAGUAACUAAUAUUCUAAAAUAUUAUUAAAACACGCGUAAAUCAUUGAUAUCAAAGAUAUUGUCAUACAACAGUCAUCAGAAAUGUAAUUUCGAGUACUCCCUCCGCAGUCCCAUAAAAAAUGACUUAAUCUGUAACAUUGAUCAGUGGCGUAGCUAGGAUUUUUGGAUGGA